CUCUCUGUCAUCUUGACAGCUUGACAGAUUCACUCUCCUCAUUUUUUUUCUCCAAAAAAAUAUAACAACAAAUAAAAAUACACUUUUUCACACACAAUCUUUCUUGUCUUUUCUAUUCAUUUGUUUUAUGCACACAGAUCUGUAUCUGAUUUGAGUUCAACCCCCCCUCUCUCUCUCUCUCUCUCUGACCAUUUGUUGCUGAUUGGUUGACAACUGUGCAAUCCCUGGAUCAAUUGGGUAUAAUUGGGAAAUACUCGGCAUUGGCAUUAUUUUAAUGUUAUAAAGGGUUGAUCAGAGGGAAGAAAACAAAAAAGUGGCUUAGUAGUUGAAGAAUCAAAGAUUGGAUUGUAGUAAAAUUUGGAUAGAAGGUUUCGGAUUAUUGGAGAAGGAUGAGUGGAGCUGUGCUAGUAGCUAUUGCUGCUGCCAUUGGCAACUUUUUGCAAGGAUGGGACAAUGCUACAAUUGCAGGGUCCGUUCUUUACAUCAAGAAAGAAUUCAAUUUGCAGAGUGAACCAACAAUUGAAGGCCUAAUUGUGGCAAUGUCAUUAAUUGGAGCAACAGUGAUCACAACAUUCUCUGGACCCGUAUCAGACUCUGUUGGUCGUCGUCCCAUGCUGAUAAUCUCAUCAGUUCUUUAUUUCCUCAGCGGCCUAGUAAUGAUUUGGUCUCCCAAUGUCUAUGUUCUGCUAAUAGCAAGACUGUUGGAUGGGUUCGGAAUUGGCCUAGCUGUUACUCUCGUUCCUGUCUAUAUAUCCGAGACAGCCCCACCAGAAAUAAGAGGACUGUUAAAUACUCUCCCACAGUUCACCGGUUCUGCUGGAAUGUUUAUGUCAUACUGUAUGGUCUUUGGAAUGUCACUGAUGGAUGCACCAAGCUGGAGGUUGAUGCUCGGGGUUCUUUCUAUUCCUUCUGUUGUUUAUUUCGUUUUGACAGUUAUGUUCCUGCCUGAAUCUCCGAGGUGGUUAGUGAGUAAAGGCCGGAUGGUAGAGGCUAAACAGGUUCUACAGAGACUACGUAGCCGGGAAGAUGUCUCAGGCGAAAUGGCUUUGCUGGUCGAAGGACUUGGUGCUGCAGGCGAAACAUCUAUAGAAGAGUACAUAAUUGGGCCGGCCAACGAGCUUGGUGACAACCCGGAACAUGUUCAAGAGAAAGAUCAAAUCAGGUUAUACGGCGCUGAAGAAGGAGUCUCAUGGAUUGCAAAACCUGUCACCGGUCAAAGCACACUUGGUCUUGUUUCCCGCUAUGGAAGCAUGGCAAACCAGAGCAUGUCUCUCAUCGAUCCAAUGGUCACUCUCUUUGGAAGUGUUCAUGAGAAGCUUCCAGAUAUGGGAGGAAGCAUGCGAAGCAUGCUUUUCCCCAACUUUGGAAGCAUGUUCAACGUGAAUGAUCAAGGCAAAACUGAACACGUGGACGUGGAGAAUGCUGAUCACCAGGCGUCCGAUGCUUCUGGGGCUGAAUCAGAUGACAAUUUACGUAGCCCCUUGUUGUCACGCCACGGUUCAAACGUGGAUAAGGAAAUGGGAGAAACAGUCAGUGGAAUGGGGAUUGGAGGUGGUUGGCAGCUGGCUUAUAAGUGGUCCGAGGAGAAAGGGCAAGAUGGUAAAAAGGCAGGAGGGCUAAAAAGGAUCUAUUUGCACCAGGAGACAACACCUGGAUCAAGGCAGGGGUCGAUUUUGUCGCUUGUGGGCGGUGAUGCUCCCGUUGAAGGGGAAUUUAUUCAUGCUUCCGCUCUGGUGAGCCAAUCUGCUCUUCGGUCCAAGGAUGCGAUUGGUCAGUUCCCGGAUAUGGUUCAACCAUCGGAAAGUGCUGCUAGAGGGCCGAGUUGGGCCGAUCUUUUUGAACCGGGGGUCAAGCAUGCAUUGAUUGUUGGUGUGGGAAUUCAAAUACUUCAGCAGUUUUCUGGCAUAAAUGGGGUUAUGUACUACACUCCUCAAAUUCUUGAACAAGCGGGCGUUGGAGUUCUUCUAUCGAAUUUGGGGAUUCGUGCAGACUCUGCAUCUCUGCUUAUAAGUGGUGUCACAACUUUAUUGAUGCUUCCAAGCAUUGGCCUUGCCAUGAGACUUAUGGAUCUUGCGGGCAGAAGGUGGCUUUUGCUCUCUACUCUACCGGUCUUAUUAGUAUCACUUCUCAUACUAGUCCUUGGCAACAUUAUUGACAUGGGUUCAGUCGUCCAUGCCAUAAUCUCAACCAUUUGUGUCGUGGUCUACUUUUGCACCUUUGUCAUGGGCUUUGGUCCAAUCCCAAACAUCCUCUGCUCCGAAAUCUUUCCCACACGUGUCCGUGGCCUCUGCAUUGCUAUAUGUGCACUAACAUUUUGGUUUGGUGACAUUGUGGUCACCUACACGCUCCCCAUGAUGCUCACCUCCAUUGGCCUUGGCGGUGUCUUUGGAAUCUAUGCCAUUGUUUGCACUGUUGCCUGGGUCUUUGUUUACCUAAAAGUCCCCGAAACAAAGGGAAUGCCUCUUGAAGUCAUCACUGAGUUCUUUGCUGUUGGCGCAAAAGUUGAUUCUGGAAAUGACUGAGUGAAUUGAGAGUUUUCGUUGGUUUGAUUGUUUUGCAAUAUGAAGAGCAAAAUAUGCUGAUAAAUACUGUGAUGAUAGGAUUGAAAAGGUUGUUUAGAGUUGAAAUACACUGGUGGUGAUGGUGAUUAUUGGGGAAAAAAUUAGAGUAAUUUUUAUCACAAGGAUAGGGGAUUGUUUGGCGGGGGAAUGCAUUUUUUUUUCUUUUCUAUUUUAGGCGUUUUGUUUGUGGUUGUUUCUUUUCCUUUUUCUGGUUUUCACAAAGAUUUUGAUGGAGGAGUUUAAUUUCUCUCUGGAAUUCUUGUGGAUGUUUGAGUUUGUUAUUAUAAGUAUGGAUGAUACCAUUUAGAAAAAAAAAGGCCAUUUUUUUUGUAUAUCAAACUUGUCCACUUUAAUUUAAUUAAGU